AUGAGGUCAAAGGGUCAAACCACCAAUGGCAAGGGUUCCCAUAACACUGAGAGGGAGUUUGGAGGAACCCUAGGGGCCGUUUGCAUUCCCAUCUUUCUACCGUUAACGGUGCUUUUCCUGAUUUGCGUGAGUCGAUCUUCUGAUGCAGCUCUUCUCCAGUGGCCCCUGCCCUUGCCCUCGCUUGAUCACCUGUGGGACCCUUUGGCUCCCGUCCUGCUCCUGGGUUGGAUAGCUUUGCAUGCUUUCCUGUAUAUGCUACCAUUUGGAAAGGUCUCUGAAGGAUUAGUGCUCAGGGAUGGAACACGCCUCAAGUAUCCCAUAAACGGUUUCCAUAGCCUGUGCAUCAGUGGUGCAUUGCUGAUGUUACUUCUGAUGUUUAAGGCUCCUUUGGGGCAUCUGUUCGAGCUGAUGCUGCCUCUGGCUAUUUGUGCGAUAGCAAUCUCCUUCCUGCUCUCCAUCUACCUCUAUGUUUGUUCCUUCUGGGCUCCUCCUCAUGCUCUUGCUUUGGGGGGCAACACAGGAAAUCCUUUAUAUGACUUCUUCAUUGGACGGGAGCUAAACCCUCGUAUAGGUCGUUUCGACCUUAAAUAUUUCUGUGAGCUCAGACCAGGUCUGAUUGGCUGGGUGGUCAUAAACUUUGGCAUGAUGAUGCAAGAGGUGGAACUUCGAGGAGCUCCCUCACUUGCCAUGAUCCUGGUCAACAGUUUUCAGUUGCUGUACGUGGCCGAUGCUCUGUGGAACGAGGAAGCAGUUUUGACCACGAUGGACAUCGUGCAUGAUGGCUUUGGCUUCAUGUUGGUCUUUGGCGACCUGGCCUGGGUACCCUUUACAUACAGCCUGCAGGCGGCCUUUUUGGUCAAGCAUCCACAAGCUCUCAGUCCACUGGGCGGUGCUUCUAUCAUCAUUUUAAAUUGUAUUGGAUAUUACAUUUUCCGAAAAUCCAACUCACAGAAGAAUCAAUUCCGGAGGAACCCCAAGCAUCCAAGUGUUGCAAGUCUGGAGACCAUCGCCACAGCAACAGGGAAACGUUUGCUGGUGUCUGGUUGGUGGGGUCUGGUUCGUCAUCCCAAUUACUUGGGUGAUCUCCUCAUGGCCUUGGCUUGGUCUCUGCCUUGUGGAUUCUCGCAUCUUUUGCCAUAUUUCUAUGUGAUAUAUUUCACCAUCUUGCUGAUUCACCGCGAGGCCCGUGAUGAGAGACACUGUCGAACCAAAUAUGGACUGGCAUGGGACACGUAUUGUCGACGUGUCCCCUACAGGAUACUUCCUUAUAUAUAUUAA